AUGUUCAUUGACGAAAGCGGAAAUAAAGACACUCUGGUUGAUGUUUUGCUUUUACGUGAAGCUUAGUGUUUGGCCAAAAAAAAAACAAAAAACAGAUCUACCGUAUGCUAGUGAAUGUUAUUAAUAUAAAAAUUAAAUAUUAGACUGUGCCUAGUGUAACGUGUGGGGUGUCGAUAUGGAGAAGGAACCGGAUGUGGAGUGUGGCAGCUCCUCAUGUAUGGGCAAUGGGAAAUCUAAGCUGGACACAUUGUCUAAAGACGACCUCAUUAAAUUCGCAAAGAAGCAGAUGGGUGCAAUGCAGAAAUUAAAGUCUAAGUGUGCAGAUUUAGAAGAGAAAAUUGGAGCACUGAAGGCUCUUCAAGGUGCGCCUUCCAAUGAUUCUGUAAUAAAGGAGCUGACUGAGAGAAUGGAUGCUGUAUUGCUUGAGAAAGCAGAGACUCAACAGAUGCUUGUGUUAAUGCGCAAAGAAAAUGAAACGCUGAGAAACCAAAGAGAAGAUUCAAUGGAGAAGAUGGCUGCUCUCCAGCAGAAACUGGAUCAUAUUGAAAAGAACCACGCUGAAAAGAUCAAACUAAUGGAAGAACAGUUUGAAACCUCAGAAACAAAAUACAAAGAGGAAUUGGAGUUUUUAAAAAAAAUAACAAGUGAAAAUGAAGAAAUCCAAAGACAUAAACUUCAGGAAGACUUUAAUUCUAAAAUGGAAACGAUUAAUCAAGAAUAUGAGAGAAAGAUAUCUGACUUGGAUCAGAAUCUGGAAUUGGCUAAAAAAGAAUGGAUCACUGAGAAAGAAACUCUUAAGGACACUCACCAGAUAGCUCUCCAAAAAACCCAAGCAGAAAUUGACCAUUUUCAGGAGAUGAUUUCAAGGCUGAACAGGCAGUAUGAAGAUGAGGUCAGUUAUCUGGAAGAACAGCUUGAAAUCAACGCUGCACAGUUCGAUAUGGAGAGGGAGAGGCUGUUGCUGGUCCAGGAAGAGCUAUCAGAGCAAAUAGCACUUAAAGAGAGCUACCUCCAAGAUGUUCAAGAGGAAGAAGAAGACCUCAACAGAAGGACUCAAAAGCCAUCAGAAUUGAUUAAGGCAUUGGAUUCCUCAGUAGUACAAGACCCAGAGAAUGAAAUGGACAAAUUGAGAUUAGAAUUUGCGGAUUUACAGUCACAAAACACAAUGCUUAAAGAAGAGCUCACCUUUCUCACUAAUGUGAAGACUGCGCUUGAGGGUGAUUUGAAACAUUUAAAGAAGGAGUUCAGAAUGGAAAGAGAAGAGCUGGAGUUCAAGAUUAAUGAAUUGCAAAUGACCAAAGAGGAAGCCGAGGUUUGCCCUGAAAAGGAGGUUAAUUUCAUGAACGUAGUAGAAACUAUCCGUCUCGAAGAACAUAAUCAGAUUCUUCAAGAAUUAAAAGAGUUACACAAUGCAGAAAUGAAAGAACUAGAGGCUCAUCUUAUUUCCAAUAAAGAACGUGAAAAAGAAGUGAUUGUUCAAGAGGCACAAGAUCUGCAAAACACAUUUAAAGUUCUUUCUGAGGAGAAACAAGCUAUUGCCAGUGAAUAUGAGCACACAAAAGAAAUUCUGAGAAACAUUGAGAUGGAGCUUGGAGACAGAACAUCUGAGUUUGUAAAGAAAUACAAUACCAUGAAGGAUCAGGCAGCAAUUUCAGUUCAAGAGUUAGAGGAAAAGCUCAGGGAGAAGGAUAGUAUUAUAGAGAAACUAAAGUGCUUCGAGCAAACACAGGAUAAUUCAGAGCAAAAACUGCAGCACAAGGAAGACAUUGUACCAGAAGACAAAGAAGUCCACAAGUUCAUGAUGUCAGACAAAGAGAAUAUGGUGACACUUAAAGAAAUAUUAAUGUACAUAGACAAAAUACGAUAUGAAUGUAAGGAUGGAGGUAUGGACACUGCCCAGAUCACACUUCAGAAGUUGGAGGACUUGGCAAUGACUUUGGAAGUUGCCUUGGAUGAGAAGAAAAGUCUGAGGAAUUGUAUAGAUAAGUUGGAGAGUCAGCAUUCUUUCUCAGCUCAUGAAAAAGAUCAAGAGGUCAAGAAUUGCAAUACUUCAGUAGAGGACUUGGCUGUGUCAAAUGAGGAAAUGGCUGAACUACAAAAAGAUCACCAGUCUGCAUUACAAGAGCGGGAUGCUCUAAGAAAAGAUCUGGAGACUAGUGAAGAAAAACUUUUUGAGGCACAGAAGCAAAUCUGUUAUAUACUUGCUCAGAACUAUUCUGCCAAAAUAGAUGAAGAGCAAGACAUCUCUGUACUGCUGAACCAUCUUCUAUCCAGAGUUGAAGAAGAUAAAACGACUUGUAUUGCAUCUAAUGAAGAAAAGGCUAAACUGCAAAAAGACCUGCAAGCGGUGUCUGACGAGAGGAAUGAGCUAAAGAAGAUUAUUGAAACUAGUGAAAGAAAACUUUCUGAUACACAAAGACAUGUCUGUGAAAUACUGGAGCAGCACUACUCUGUGAAAAUAGACUCGGAGGAAGACAUCUCUGUACUGCUGAAUCAUCUUCUGUCUAGCAUUCACGAGGAAAAAAAGAGUUACAUUAUGUUAAAUGAGGAAAAGUUGAAACAACAAAGAGACCUGGUGAUUGUGGUUGAAGAAAGGGAGGAUCUAAAGAGGUAUAUGGAAACCCUUGAAAGAAAUCUUUCUGAUGCACGGAGGAACAUCUGUCAAAUGCUGAAGCAAAACUACUCUGUGAAAAUAGACUCGGAGGAAGACAUCUCUGUACUGCUGAACCAACUUCUGUCUAGCAUUCAGGAGGAAAAAAAGAGUUGCAUUAUGUUAAAUGAGGAAAAGUUGAAACAACAAAGAGACCUGGUGAUUGUGGUUGAAGAAAGGGAGGAUCUAAAGAGGUGUAUGGAAACCCUUGAAAGAAAACUUUCUGAUGCACGGAGGAAUGUCUGUGAAAUACUGGAGCAAGACUACUCUGAGAACAUAAAUGAAGAAGAGGACAUCCCUGUAUUGCUGAAGCAUCUCCAGUCAAGAGUUCAGGAAGAAAAACUGAUAUUAACCCAGCAGUUGGAUGAAAAAACAGUACAGUUGUCACAGCUGAACCAGCAAGCUGAGCUCAGUGACGACGGGAACCUACAAGUUCAAUCAGAUAUUGAAAAUUUGCAAAGGGACCAAAAUGAGCAGGUUGAAAUAACAGGGAGGUUGGUGGGCCAAGAACAUGAAGAACCUGCAGUUGAAGGUGGUGCUCAGGAAACUGAUGACAUGAAACGGCUCCAACAGAAGUUAAGUGAAAAAGAGUCUAUAGUAGCCCAUCUAAAGGAAGAAAUUUCCCUUUUACAGGAAUCCAAACUAUCUGCAUUCAAUGAGAAUAUGAGGCAAAUGGAAUCUUUAGAAAAAGAAUACAAAGAGAAAGAAGAACGUUUGAAUAAAUUCAAAGCUGUAGCUGUGAAAGCAAGGAAGGAACUGGACAACAGCAAAAAAGAGGCAUCUAGACUAAAAGAAGAAUUGGAGGCUUUGAAAUCUGAAAGAGACAAAAUGUCAGACUCUAUGAAGGCCAUCAUCCAUGGUGCAGAGGCCUAUAAGAAUCUUAUGAUCGAUUAUGACAAGCAAACUGAGCUGUUGGAUCAAGAAAAAGAUAAACUGGAAGCAUCAGAAAAACUGGUUGGUGACUUGACCAAACGUCUACAUGUUGCUGUUGAACAGCAUAAGCAACUUUCUACUGAGAGAGAAGAUCUGAUGGCUCAUAUGGAGACUCUCCAAAGUAAUGUUCGACAGCUGGAAGCACAGGCUCUUGAGAUGCACAAACUCAAAUCUUCAGUUGAGAGAGACUUGGAAGCAGAAAGGCUUUUAAAAGAGCAAAAAACAAAGGAGCAUGCAUGUGCUGUGAAGGAAGUUGAGGAACUCCACACUGUGCUACAGAAACAGAAACAACAGUUGCAGCAGACGGAGCAUGAGUUGGAACAGCUUAGGAAGGAUGCCCAGCAGAGCACUUUGUUGGACAUGGAGAUGGCGGAUUAUGAGCGGCUGGUCAGAGAGCUCAACCUGCAGAUCUCUGACAAGGACAGACUGCUGGAAGAGCAGGAAAGACAAACACAAGCUCAGAGAGAGAGGGAGGAGAAACUGAACCAGGAAAUAGAGUCUUUAAAGUCACUUGUGGACAUUGGAGAGGAGAAGACCGCAAAGGUUAAGCAGCUGCUGGUGAAAGCUAAGAAGGAUUUGGCAGAUGCCAAGAAAGAAGAAGCAUCUCAGAAGAUCCUGCAGUCUUCUCUGAAAGGGGAAUUAGAGGCCAUUCAACAACAGCUGGAGAGUUACAAGAUUCAGUGUAGUGAACUGACUGCAGAUCGGCACAGGCUUCAGGAGCAGCUAAAGUCAGUGAGUGAUCAACAUCAGAGGUCAGUCACUGCCUACCAGCACCAAGUGACAACUUUACAGAAUGAUCUGAGCUCUACAAAGGCUGAAUUUGAGUCCACAAAGUCCGACUUUGAUAGCUACAAGGUGCGAGUACACAAUGUGCUCAAGCAGCAGAAAACUAAGAGCUCUACUGAAAGCAAUAGUGAUUUUUCCAAACAGGACAGGGAGAACAUGGAGUCCAUGCUGGAGCAGUUGAGGUCCAAACUGCAAGAAAGUCAACUUAAUGCACAGAGCUGCAAUGCAGAGCUGCAGCAGCUUCAGACUGAAUAUGACACACUUUUGGAGCGUCACAACAAAAUGUUGCAGCAGACCAUCACCAAAGAGGCUGAACUGAGAGAGAGGUUACUGUCAUUGCAUUCAGAGAAUGUAGCACUAAAAUCGGAGCACAGCCAGUCAGUAGUGCAGCUAACGGCACAAACAGAAACAUUACGUAGUAGCUUCCGGGAGCAGCUACACCACUUGCAGGAUGAACAUCGCAGCACGGUAGAAACCCUGCAGCACCAGAUCAACAGGCUGGAGACCCAGCUUUUCCAGCUGCAAAAGGAGCCUGCCACCUCUGCUGCUCAGCAGCAGAGCAAGAAGCCACAGUCAGACAAGAAGCUUGCAGAUCUGCCUCUGCUUGAGUUGAACAUGGCACGAGAGGAAGGUGAGGGAAUGGAGACAACAGAAACUGAGUCUGUCUCCACAGCAGGGACUCCUCCACCCAGUCUCGAGCAGCUCCUCACUUCACCCGACCCAAAACAUGAGCCCUUUGUGUGGCAGGUGGAGCCCACAAAGGAGGAGCUAACUAACAAACUGAAUACAGCCACUCGCAGCAUGGAACACAUGAACAGCCUGUUACAUGAGAGUGAAGCCACCAACGCCAUCCUCAUGGAACAGAUCAACCUCUUGAAGAGUGAGAUGCGUCGUCUGGAGAGGAAUCAGGAGCGAGAGAAAUCGGUUGCAAACCUGGAGUAUCUGAAAAACGUGUUGCUGCAGUUUAUCUUCCUUCAUGCUGGCAGUGAGAAGCAGGCGCUGCUGCCUGUCAUACACACAAUGCUACAACUCAGCCCAGAAGAGAAGAACAAACUUUCCGCAAUUGCGCACGGUGAAGAAGAGGCUGCAGCGUCGAGAGGAUCUGGUUGGACUUCAUAUCUCCACAGUUGGUCUGGGAUCAGAUAAGAACUGCAUACCUCAAGUAUCCACAGUAUCCAGAAAUGUCUGUAUGAUUCUAUAAUAAAAAACAUAAGUAGUCCUCUGUAUUUUUUUUAAAGAAUAUUUUAUUAUUCUUGUGAAGACAGUAUGGAGUUGACUUGUGUAGCAUAAAAUCAACAGCUCACAUUUUUUGUAAACACCUUCGAAUCAGCUUUCCCUGUUAUAUGUGAAGUGACUUUUCAACCAAAUUAUUAAUGUAUAAUAUAUAAUAAAAAUACUAAGGGUUCAAUGAUUAUAGAUAACCAAACAUAUCAAAAGUUGUUAAAACAUUAUAUUGAAAUGUUGAAUCUUUGUCAUUAUAAAUCUACUGCAUCAUCUUGUAACUGUAAUCAACAAUAAAUUGUGUCAUGUCAAGGUUCAA